UUACCGAUCCAUAUGUCUCCCAUCAGCAAAGCCAAACGACGCCGGUUGCGGAAAACACACGUGUCCCUUCCGGCGACGCCUUGGAUUUCCCCUAUUCCCUUUCCGGCACCAAGCAAACGACCAGUGUCAUUCUCCACGACCCUACGUGUCGUCCUCGUUUCAACCCUCAUCUGCCGCAUCAUCCAACACGUGUCACUCUCCCCAACGUCCUGUUCCCCUCCCGCACUAGCCUAUUUAAACCCUAACGUCGCUCCUCUUCACUACCAUACCAUACCAUCACAACAACAACAACAACAACAAAAACAGAAACUAAUUAAAGAUCCGUAUACUUGCGUUAUCCAAAAUCCAAGCAGCUAAAUCGAAAUGGCAUCACAGCAGCAGAACAGGGAGGAGCUGGACGCGAGGGCGAGGCGCGGCGAGACUGUGGUCCCCGGCGGGACGGGCGGGAAGAGCCUGGAAGCCCAGGAGCAUCUGGCGGAAGGGAGGAGCAAAGGAGGGCAGACGAGGAAGGACCAGCUGGGGACGGAAGGGUACCAGGAGAUGGGCCGGAAAGGUGGGCUCAGCACCACCGAGGAGUCUGGCGGGGAGCGGGCCCAGAGGGAAGGGAUUCCGCUCGAUGAGUCCAAGUACAAGACCAAUACCUAGACAAGCCUUGGCUAAUAGCUAUACGUACGUAGUGUCAUGUUAUUAGGGUUUUGGCUUUUAUCUAUCUAGCGUACAUGAGUUCGUAUGUAAUAUAAGUUGCUGAUGAAGUACACUCCUCUGUUGGUAGUUUUUGUCGUACGUGGGUCUUUAUGUAUGUGUUUGUGGUGGAUGUCUGGGCAGCUGGGACGAGUGUGGAUCUAUGGCCGGUUUGCCUAGCUAGUCUGUAAAUUAUGUUCAUGUGGUGGUGAAAAUAAAGUACUCUGUAACUU